AGCAGCAAGAAAACCAUUGAAAACGAAAAAUAAAUUUUUCAAAUUUUUGACCCCUUUCGGCCGGCUGUUGCCAAAUGGCAACAUCAGACCUAUGGGUACAGAGUUACUUUUUUGAUAUGAAAUAUACUUUUUUGCUAUCCCCACGGUAGAGCAACAAAAACCAUGUAGGAAAAAACUUUUUUGCUAUCUGGCUUCUAGGAGCCGGCUGGAAAGGGUUAACAUCAAAUUCACGAUUAAUAUUUGAUUUUGUUUAUAUUCAAUCGCAGAUAAUUCGAACAUAUCUUCUAUUUUGUCGUAUUAACUAUCAUCAUAUUAUUCAAAAAUAUCAAUAUCAUACAAAAAAAAAAUACAAACAACAACAAAUAUCGAAUGUUUAGAUCUCGAGGAAAAAUAUUUAAUUCGUCUAAGUGAUGAACAACUUGAAAAUGAAUGGAAUCAUUUGAAAAAUAUUUUAUUAGAUAAACUUUAUUAUGCUCAUAAUCUUUUAAGACAAAUAGCAUUCACAUUAAAAAAUCAUUUGAAUGAUUUAUCAUCAAUUUAUCUCUUUGAGUAUGUUGGAAUGACUGAUGAUGAUAAUAAUAUUCAUCAACAAUUAGAACAAUAUGAAAUAAAAAAUUUUCAAUUAUGUUAUAUACAGUGGGCAUCAUAA